GAUUUCUCCUCAGUGGCCCCGUUCCCAAUCUCGUUAGAACACGCGAGUGCACUAUUUUUCCACCAGCCUUCUCGAUAACGCGAUCUAGGUAGUGGAUUUAUCGAGGUGCAUCUAGAACGUUCGGCUCUCGCAGCCGGCUUACUGCGAUUUCGGUGUGUUGUUGUUGUGAAUGUUGAAUUCCUGCUAGAGCUUGCUCAUCUUGCCUUCCCCGUCGUUACACACCGUUAUCCUUUCAGUCGACGGCACUCUAGCUCCCCUCUUCUGCUCCACCGGGUAGCACAAGACACGCAAUCAUGUCUUAUCAAGGAGGAUAUUAUCAAGAUCCAAACCAACCGUACUACGGGAACCAGUACCCGCAACAGCCGGGAUACAAUCCGAACUAUCCACCGCAACCGCAGCCCGGCGGUUAUCCGGCUUAUCCGCCACAGGGUGGCUACCCAUCGCAGCCACCGCCACCUGGAUUCAACCCGGCCUAUCCACCGCAGCCAGGUUACGGCCAACCACAGCCCGGAUAUCCACCGCAGCCCGGAUUCGCUCAACCCGCACCACCGAUGUCGUCCGGAUACGGUACCGGGUAUGAUCCCGAAACGGGCAGCGUGAAGGGUUUCGAGUUUAACGAUCAAUCCAUCCGCCGUGGCUUCAUUCGCAAAGUGUACUCAAUCUUGACGGUUCAACUGCUGAUUACCCUUGGCUUCAUUUCGCUGUUCCUGUACCAUCGACCGACGCAGCUAUGGGUUAAGAAUCACCCGGAAAUGUUUUGGAUCGCACUCGGUGUUAUGAUUGUGACGCUCAUUUCGAUGGCCUGCUGUGGUGAUGUGCGCCGAAAGGCCCCGAUGAACUUUAUUUUCCUCACACUGUUCACGCUUGCCCAGGCCUUCCUGCUGGCCGUUACUUCGGCCAACUUUCAGUCGCAGGAGGUUAUGCUGGCAGUAGGAAUAACGGCCGCGGUCUGUCUCGGACUGACGCUAUUUGCGUUCCAGACCAAGUGGGACUUUACGGUGAUGGGCGGUAUCCUGUUCGUGGCCGUGCUGGUACUGAUGCUGUUCGGUCUGGUAGCGAUCUUUUUCCCGGGCAAAACGAUUACACUAGUGUACGCGUCCGCCGGUGCGCUGAUCUUCUCGAUUUAUCUCGUGUACGAUACGCAGCUCAUGCUUGGUGGUAGCCACAAGUACUCGAUCAGCCCGGAGGAGUACAUCUUUGCCGCACUCAAUCUCUAUCUCGACAUUGUUAACAUUUUCCUCUACAUCCUCACCAUUAUUGGGGCCACGCGCGAUUAAGCGGACAACGAAUGGCAGGGCGCUUUACACUAUUUCUUUUUUUCCUCUCACAACGGUGUGCACCCCCUUCUCUGUUUCCGAGGUUUCGGUUCCUUUUUGCCACCCUGCAGAUAGCCAUUCCAGAUAGUAGAGCUAGAGUGCUGGUGUGAUACUGUAAGCGGCAGGGCCUAGCUAUAGAUGUGUAAUAAGUUAAUACCAAAAUCAAAGAAGUAAACGAUACAAAGGCCAUACGUAUAGUUAGUUUGAGAGUUUGCACAGCUUCACACCACGUUCACGCGUAUAAUCGAUCGAUAAUCCGUUAGCUGAUCCGCUGUGGCACAUUGGAUAUUGGCAGCAGUUGAUGUUGGUGGUUGGUGUGUAACGCAAUCAAACAAUUGUUCAUCUAAUUGUUCCAAAGAAGAAAAUAAUUAUUCAUACGAGGCUUACCGUA